CCCAGUGACAGAUAUCAAACAUGCAAGCAUGCCCAUGAGAGCAAAUCUGAAACAGCAGCUACAGAGGCAGCAGCUGCUUGAGCAGGAAAAACGUGAACAGCUUUCUCAGUCAUUAAAAGCAAACACACAUUUGACAGGGUCAAUCGGCAUCGCAGUUCCAAGCGCUGUGGAAGCUGCGGAAGUUCCGUCUACAGUUUUAGAGGUAAAAACUCAGUUGCAGCACCCUACAAAAUACCAUGUUCGUCAGAGCCAGAAAAGACAAGUCCAGAACUUUCUCAGCGAACACCAGGGAGGUCACAUGCCUGUUCAGUCGCUUCCAGCCAAUGUUUUGUCUAUUUCUACACCAGAGCACUCACAGUACCACAUACAGGCUUCCAGCAGUGCCCCAGAGACCGAUCUACCUAGUCCCUUGCUUGGAGGAUCAGGCACAGAUUUUGUCUCUACAAGCUUCGAUCUGCUGGAUGGUUUCCAAUCUGUGGAUCAUUUGGAGUUUGGGUGUCUGUUAGAAAGUGACUUAAUUGAAAUCCAGCCAUCAAUAGGAGGAUCACUAGGAGGAAAUCUGUCUUCAGGAUUGUUGCAGCCUUAUGAUGCUCUAGAAUCAGACGCUACUGCCAUCAGCAGUGCUUCUUCUUGUCCAGCCACAGCCUUCAGGAGGCAAGACCUGGCAUCCGGUGGGGCCUUAGUGCAGGACGAGAUGUGGAGGAAGGAGAGGAUUAAAAAGGACAAUCACAACAUGAUCGAGAGAAGACGGCGGUUCAACAUAAAUGACAGAAUCAAAGAGUUGGGAGGAUUGUUGCCCAAAAGUAUUGACCCUGAUCUCAGGCAGAAUAAAGGAACUAUACUCAAGGCAUCAGUUGACUACAUCAGGUCCCUUCAAGACGAGCAGAGGAGGUUCAGGAUUGUCAUGGAGCAGAAGAGGAAGGCAGAUAUGGAUCUUCGCAAGGUGCUGCUGAGGCUGAAUCAAUUACAACUGCUGAUCAAGUCCCAUGGGAUUGAUAACCCUCUGGUGGAUGACAUCGAGAUCAUGAGCACAGUGAACAGCGUCAUGACCACGGACCUGCUGAACACCACACCAGUGACUCUGUCCAGCAGCCAGGCUACGUCCUCUAGCGUUUCACAAAGCUACACAUCCUGCUCUGGGAUGGACGAGCUCAUGGAUGAAUCCUCUCCUGUCAGUGGCGACCCCAUGCUGUUGUCUGCCCCUGUCAGCCCGGAUACGGAUGACCAUUCUCACAUAUUUGAACAUUUUCUCAGUUAA